AUGGCUGAUGGUAGUUUGAUGAUUUCUCUAAUGUUGGUCGUUCAAUUCUCAUUCUUUACAAACAUCGAGAGUGUUACUGCUAAUGUGGACUCACGGAAAGGAAAGAAGCACGAGAAGUUUGUUCCGUUGGUUGCGUUUCAAUGUGGUUUCCGAAACAGAUUCAUGAGCGAAGAUGGAGCAUGGUUGAGCGAUCCAAGUACUCUUGCAACAUGCUUUAGUGGAAAACUCGAUAUCUUAAAAUAUUGCCGAAAAUCAUAUCCAAAACUGGACGUCACAAACAUAGUAGAAUAUUCACAUGAAGUAGAAAUUCCUGGAUGGUGUCGUGAACAAGGUUCAUCAUGUAGAUGGACACAUACUGUGAGACCUUACCAGUGCAUUGUUGGAGAGUUUCACUCGGAAGCACUUCAAGUACCACACGGUUGCCGAUUUGGCCAUAUUAAUGAUCGUCAGUCAUGCAAUGAUUAUGCGCACUGGAAGGAUGCUGCUUACAAACACUGUAAAACCAAAGUUGUCAAUGAUAAACGGAUGGCAGUACGUUCAUUUGCAGUUCUUGAACCUUGUGGGUUAGAUCUUUUCACUGGGGUUGAAUUUGUUUGCUGUCCAGGGGAUGAUAAAACUGAAGAAUUAGAGAAAAAGAAAGUGGAAGGGAAGGAAACUGAAGACGAUGAUGAUGACUAUGAUGAUGAUGACGAUGAUGAUGAUGAUGAUGAUGAUGAUGAUAAUGAUGAUGACGAUGGCGAUGAUGGUAAUGAUGAUGAGGACGAUGAUCAUGAUGAUGAAUAUGCCGAAGAUUCGGAUGAUGCUGGCGCGAAGGGUCUUUCGGCCAACAGCGUUUUGCAAGACCCGUAUUUUAAGAUGUCUGAUCCUGUCAACGAGCAUGAACGUUUCAAGGAAGCUCAGCAACGCAUGGAAAAACGACAUCGUGCUAGAAUUAAUAAGGUUAUGCGAGAAUGGUCAGAUCUUGAAGCACGUUACAAGAAAAUGAAGAAGACGGAUGAAAAGGGUGCUGAAGCAUUUAAAAAGGAAAUGACAUCGCGAUUCCAAAAGACGGUUGCUUCAUUGGAAGAAGAGAAUAAGGAACAAAAAAAGCAACUUGAAGAUGUUCAUGAAGAACGCGUACAAGCACAUCUUAAUGAGAAGAAAAGACAGGCAACUCAUGAUUAUCGUGCCUCUUUGGCCAUGCAAGUGGGUGCACCGAACAAACAUAAUGUACUCAAAACACUUAAGACGUAUAUUCGCGCUGAAGAAAAAGAUCGAACACAUAUGAUUAAUCGAUUCCGACAUUUGCUUCGUACGGAUCGAGACGAAGCAGAAACAUACGAGCCAAUCCUAAUUCAUCAAUUACGUUAUAUUGAUCUUCGAAUAAAUGGUACGCUUGCAAUGCUUCGAGACUUUCCCGGACUUGAGCGACAAGUUCGACCGAUUGCUGUUGAAUUUUGGACGGAUUAUCGUAGAGAGAACACACCAGAGGUUGCAGGAGAUGAGUAUACAGUAAUUGGUGGGGAUGAACAGAAUAUCAAACUUGUGCACUAUUAUAAGGAUUCAUACGAUCGUUUACACAAUCCUUCAGGUUCACGUGAUACGACACUAUCAAUGAUCACUGUUUCUGAGCCAGAAAAAGUGCUGCAUGAUUUGGAUAAGGGAGGUAACAGUUAUGAUGAGGAGGAAAACAAUGGCGCAAGCGUUGAAGCAAAAAAACAAUCAUAUCAUAAUACCAAAAAGAUUGUAAUAGAGAAAAUUGUACAGAGGCGAACUGGCAACAAGUUCGACAAAAACAGGCCCACCGCCUAUGAAACUGAUGAUAUUGAUGAGGAUGAUGAGGACGACAUCGAAGAUACUGAUGAGGAGCCUUUAUCGAGUAGCAAAUCAGUUGAACGAGAACUUCACGUUGAAAUUGAACCAAUUGUGAGUGAGCCAGUCAGAGUGCACGAUUUGCCGCCGAAACCAUCUUAUGCUAGACAUGAGCCACUACAGCAUUUCAAGAUGAGUGCGGAAGAUGCCUCGGCAAGUAUGCUCAAAACUUCAACAAAUUUACUAUUAAUUUUCGUAUCUGCUGCUACUGUUAUUUUCAUCGUGUUUGCAACCGUUUUAGUCCGUCAACGACCGCGGCAUCGUGGCUUCAUAGAGGUUGAUGUUUGCACUCCAGGAGAGCGACAUGUUAAUGGAAUGCAAGUGAAUGGCUAUGAAAAUCCUACGUAUUCAUUUUUUGAUAACAAAGCCUAA